AUGGCCGCCGACGGCCUCCUCCGCCCUGUCUACGAGGCUUGCAUCGCCGGCUGCGACACCGAGAUCGACCGCCGCCCCUACCACCGCAACUGCGGCUGUGCACUCCACAAAUCCCGUCGUCAAUCUCCUCGCUGCUCCCAUUCCAAGUCUAAAUCCAUCUUCUAUCCCAUUCGCCGAUCCUGGAGUGAAGGUUGCUUGGCACUCGCCCUCGCCUCUGCUUCAUCUUCCCCUUCCUCCUCCCCUGUCAUCGGUAAGACCUCUCAACCUGGUGUCGCUUUGAGCGACGAUGACGACGACGCUCCUCUUCAGCUUGCGAGGAAUUGA